AUGCACUACCUUUAUCAUCCCGAAGCACCGAGUGGCUUGCCGCUGGGGCCGCAGGCGCCUGCUGCAUGCCUACUGAAGAGCAAGGGUGCCAGGCUGCAGGGCCAGAGCCUCCUCGGUCCGGACCGCGAGAGGAGCCGCAUCCGGACCCCAGUUUUUAAGCGGGGCUCCCCUGUCAACGCUGGGAGCGCGACCCGGGGCAGCUGCCUCGGAGGCGGCGGCCGACCCGAGGAAGCCCAUGCCGCUCCCCCGAGCGCGGAAGACACAAAGGGGUCCAGCCCAGCCAGGCUGGGAGCGCGGGAGGGCCCCCGGCCGGCGGGGGCCGAGCGCUGCCGCAGGCCCAGGGGAGGACGCGAGUGGCCGCGGCACGCCGGACCCCCCGGCCGCGGGGCAGGGCCCAGCGCGGGGAGGGCCGCGGGCGCCGCCCCGCCAGGCCCGGGAGCCGUGAGAGGGGAGCCGGAGCCCCGCGCCGCGCCGGGCCCGCCCGGAGGGGGCCAUCGCCCGGGGCCGCCCGCCCUCUCCCCGCGCUCCUUACCGCCUCCUCCGACUCGCAAGAUAAUCUAUAUCACCUGUUAUCCCAGGGUGUAUGAAACAGUCCUUUUCAAGAUGUAUGGAACAUCACAUGUUGCAUCGACACCAGGAGCAACUUCUUUUGUGAUCUUUUUGAUAUGCAGAAGGUACCUGUCAGUGAAGACCUGUCAACUGUUUGAGCUGUCAGUGGAUAUGAUAACGACUCCUUUUUACUUGGCCUUUGCCUCUGCAGGUUCAACAGCGUUUAAUGGAGAACAUAGACGCAGCCUCUCACAACGUAUUUUUCCAAGUUAUGCUUGUGCCUUUUUGGACAAUGACCCUGCCUAUGAGUGCUGUUCCACAAAUCCUCUGACAGGCUCCCUUUCCACAUGUCGCCGCAGCCCUCGACUGCUUUCUAAUGGUUAUUACGUUUUGACAGAAGACAGUUUUCUGUCUGAUGAAGAGGGCAACAUAACACUGACACCAUCCCAGACAAGUGUUACAUAUAAAGAGAAUUUAGUUCGCGUAUUCAGGCGAAGGAAGAAAAUCCGUCGCUCUCUUGCCAGCUUGUUCAAUUUCGGUGCCUCCACUUCAUGGCUCAGCAGCACCGUCCUCAGCAAUAUGGAUUCCUCCCAAGUAGAUGAUACUUGGCCUGAUGGAUGCAAUAAACUAGAAGCCAGUCAGAGUGAUAAUGUCACUGAAGAUCUUGUUCGAAGACGUGCAGAACAUAACAACUGUGAAAUUUUUUCACUAGAAGAAAUCUCUUUACAUCAGCAGGAAAUAGAAAAACUAGAGUAUCUUGACAAAUGGUGUCGAGAUUUAAAAAUUCUCUAUCUUCAGAAUAAUCUAAUUCCAAAAAUUGAAAAUGUGGGCAAACUAAAGAAGCUGGAAUAUUUAAAUGUAGCUUUGAACAACAUUGAAAGAAUUGAAAAUCUGGAAGGCUGUGAAGAACUGAAGAAACUUGACCUGACAGCAAAUUUCAUUGGUGAACUCUCCAGUAUUGAAGCCCUAAAAUACAAUAUACAUCUGAAGGAACUGUUUCUAGUGGGUAACCCAUGUACUGAAUUUGAAGGUUAUAGACAAUUUGUGGUGGCAACUCUUCAUCAAUUAAAAUGUUUGGAUAGUAAAGAAAUAGAACGUUCAGAGAGGAUUCAAGCACUUCAAAACUAUCCAGAAGUGAAACAGAAAAUCAGAGAACAGGAACAAGCUUACAUUCUCAAAAGGGCCAGAGAAAAAGAAGAGGCUCAAAGAAGGAUGCAAGAAAGAAAGGACAAGAAACAAACCCAAAUGGAAUCUAAGCUUGGAUUUGACAGCCCAGACUCCCUACAGGACAAGGAAAACCAUCAGGCAGAAGGAGAUGCAAAACAAGAAACGUGGAGAACAGUUGAAGAUGAUGAAGAAGACAGAAGAUUUUGGGAGGAGCCUACACCAUAUACUCCAGAAUCUAGAUUAGAAACUCACAGAUAUAUUGAAGAAAAACGGAGAGCUAAAGACAAUAUAAGGGAAUCAAAAAAGAGCGAGAAGCCUCUUUGGACAUUGGUCACUGCAGAAGGAAAAGUUCUGAAUGUGAAUGUGCCUAAGCUUCAUUUCUCUUUGAAAGAUGAUGAAGAAAACAACCAGAUCAUCUUGGAUCUUGCUGUUUACAGACAUUUGGACACUUCUCUGCUUGAUGUUGAUGUCCAACCAACUUACAUACGAGUACUGGUGAAGGGAAAGCCAUUUCAGUUUGUGCUCCCUGAGGAAGUGAAGCCAGACAGCAGCUCUGCUAAAAGAUCACAAACAACUGGUCAUUUAGUUGUCAGCAUGCCAAAGGCUAAAGAAGUAAUCCUGGCUAAGCAAAAUGUAUCAACUUCAAUUAAACACUCUGACUGCAAUACACUGCAAAAAAAUGCAAGAAGGAGUGGACAAGUUGAGAAAUUAGAAGUGGAUCCUAGUAAAUAUUCAUUCCCUGAUGUGACAAAGAUAAUCCAAGAAAAGGAACGAAUUGGACAGGGACCUAUUAGGCUACAACCAAAGAAGACUACAGAGACUAAGAAGAGUUAUGUUGAUUUUGAAAAUAAUGAAGAUGUUCCUCCUUUAAUUUGA